AUGGCUGCUCCGCCUCAAUAUCUGGAUCAAUACGAGAAUCCAUACUUCCUGCACAGCUUCGAUCAUGCCGGAUUGAUUCUCGUCUCCGAUCGUCUUCAAUCUGGUGCUGACUUCCACUCAUGGCGUCGCUCUGUUCGGAUGGCGUUGAAUGUUCGGAAUAAACUGGGUUUCAUCGAUGGAAAUGAUUCCGAAACCUCUGCAGAUCAUCGCGAUGCCGGCUCUUGGUCACGCUGUAACGACAUGGUCGCCACAUGGUUAUGA